AUGGGUUCUGAUGUAGUUGUAUGCCCGACUGAUUUAGAUACUGGUAAAAUCAAGAUUGUCAAUCUUGUCUCCGUCAAUAUUCAUCCACCUUCUUGGGCAGAAGGUUAUGAUGAAAUUGUCGCCUUUUUAUGGCAUCAUCCCUUUGGCAAGAUAUUGAUUGAGAAGCCGGAUGUGGUGUACCAGGACAUGCUCUACGAGUUUUGGGCAAGCUGUGUGGUGGGUCAGACGAAGAAAGGACAUGCCGUAAUUCGAGGCACCAUCCUUAAUGGUAAGAAACAGGGAUUAACCCAAGCAAUGCAGGUUUACCUUGAUUUUUGCAGGAGAAGACAAAGGGAACAAGCAUUAGAGGAAGUUGCCUCUCCUUCGACGAGAUCUGAGUCCAACACUCAAUCUGCCAAUCAGGAGAGUCAAGGUACUCAAUCUCUUGAACCCUUAAACUCUUCCAAAUCUACUCCUUCUUCUUCUUCUUCUGAGGGUGAAGAGUUGGCCACAACAUCAGCCACUCUAGCCACACCCUCAACCACCAUUUCCAAAUCCGCCUCCAAAAGACCCAUUGUUGAGGACUUAGUACCUCUCAAUGUAUACAAAAAGAAAAGAUCCAAGAGAAAUAUAUCAGCUUUAGGGGUUGACAAAACAACCAUAAGAAUUAAAGUCCCCCAAGGUGCAUUGGAAGCUGAGGAACGUUCCAAAGUUGACUCUGUCACCCAAGCUGAUAAACCGAAUUCACCACGCCCAUCUGCCCUCUCCCAAAAGAGUGUAGACGAGUCAAAGGGAACAACUACUUCUGUCUUACCCUCCAAACAGGGUGAAGACAUUGAAACAAAGACCACCUCCCAAGGUCAUACUAUGUCUAAGCCUAAUUCGCCAUCAUCAGCCUCCCAAAAGGUUGAUGAUAUCACUAAAGGGACACCAGAGGAUCCUGCCCAGAUCCAAAAAGAGUCAGAGUCUGUGCACAUGUUGACUGAGGAUGAUCAACCAAAGGAUGUUAGCAUCGAACGCCUAAGUGACACUGCUCUCCUUCCCCAAGCUGGUCAGACUCCUACUUUCUUACACUCUGAGUCUACACUGGCUGUCAAUGCCCCUUCUAGAUCACAAGGAGGGGUACAGGCCUCAAUUCUCCCUCGUGAUACUAUGAGGGAUCCUGUAGGUUACAUGGCUCUCUUUAGGGAGGUCAUGUUAGCCCCUUGUGCAACAAAGGGAACCAUUGAUGGUCCUCACGAUGUCAAUGAGAAUCAGAUCACUAUCUCCGGAAGUGAUUCUUCAUUCGAUGAUGUGCUUGCCCAUCCAUCCUCAAGGGAUGCUCUGAUGGAAGAUGCCAGUGGAGGUGUUGAUCAAAAUCAAGAUCAACAAAUUCCCACUGGCCCUCAAUCUGAAUUACAUGUCAAUCCUUCUUAG